CGCGCGUAAACUUGCCCAAGUUUAAACAGUUGUGCUAAACAGUGUACCUUCAUUGUUCAUCUUGCUUAAUUAUCGUUUCAACAAGCUGAAAGAGGCCAUAGACGUCUACAAAGAGUCAAACUUCUAUAAAUUGUACAUCCGUAGGUCACGAACAAUCAAAUCAGCCCUGAAAAGAGCUCCGAAGAGGAGAUUCAAAGAAGAUUUGAAGCUUAGCUGGUGGAAAGACAGAAAAAUGAGUCCGAUGAUCCCUGAUUGUGGAGUAUUGACUACUCCCCGCCGGUCACCACCAGUCAGAUUGAGUUUGAAUGGGGAACUUACUUCCCCAAAAUUAGCUUCAUUACCAUAUAAAUCUCCUCCAUAUUCAUCAGAGGCAGCCAACAUAACACUCAGCACAGGAUUCAGCUUUGGAUUCUACAAGUCUGCAAAGUCUCCAGUUACUCCAGUGAGGCAAGUGAGCAACCCAAAGCCAGUAAAGUACCGUCUCAAUAAAUAUCACAAGGACAAUAUCAAUAAAGGAGUAAGCCAUAAGAUAAAGAAGCCCAAAACCAAGUCUAAAGAGCUGAAAAAGAAAACACGUAGUAUGAAGACAAUGAUGAAGAAUCUUAAGGAUGGAAACUUCACUCCUUCACACUGGACACCUGCAAAUAGAAGUCCUGUGAAGAAGACCCCUAACACAAGUGGAAAGAAAAAACGACAUGUUCUAGCAUCCCCUGGUGUUUCGUUUCUAGAUGAAGAGGUAUCUCAGGAUGAGACAGAAGAUGCUGUAGGAAAAAAGUUUUUCACCAGUCGUUCCCGAGCGUCUGCUACUGUUAAUAUAUCAAAAAAUGUCAUGUUGGCAGCAAAGAAUGGUGAUAUUUCUCUCAAGCAACGAGACGUCCUUUUUGAGAAGAAGAAUGUGGGACGUGUCAUAGAAGAGCAGCUUGAUAAAUUCAUUCAGAGUUCUUCAGUUACAGAAAACUUACCAGCACCUUCGUUAUUACCAUCUGUGAGGGCUAACCCUCGACCUAUGCCAACACGAGUCCCCACUACUCCUUCCCCCCCAAAGCGUAUGGUAUCACCUAAGAAAGGAAAGAAGCUAUUCAACCCAAGAUCAUUAACAUUGUCAUCCAAAGAACCAUCGGAAUUACAAGAUCUGGAACAUGCUUUUAAUGAUGAAAAAACUCUGGAGAAUGCUGAAAUAACUUAUGAGAAACAAAAUGGCACUAAUUUGCGAAGAUCACCAAGAAAACUUGAUGGGUCAUUUUCUCCUAAAAAAUCUCCUGUUAAAGGAGACAGAUUUUCUUCUCCAGUUAGAAGAUCACCUAGAAAUAGUGGAUCUCCAUCAAGGACUCCUCAGAGAACACCUUUAGCCAAAACAGAUAGAGCAACACCUAGAAAAAUAUCUGUCAAAAGAUGUUCUACAGAGUUGAACUUCUCUCAUUCAGAAGUCUUUGAAAGUUCACCUAGGAAGACAUUGCCAGACAAAGCGAAUUCCCAAGAGAAUUCAAAUGAAGUAAUAAAUUUUGAAAAAGAACGUAGUAUGACAUCGCCAAAGGAUUGUUCAAAAGAAGUCUCAGAAUUAGAUAUAUCAGGAAGUAAUAAUGACAGUUCAUCAAAGGAAUCAUCUGAUUCACCUAAACUUUACCCCUUGUUUGACCGCCAAAACUGGCACCCCUCUGCAUCUUCACCAAAGAAAAACAAGUCUUGUCAUAAACUUCUACAUAAAUCUGACAGUUCUCAAAUGAUCAUUGAUGCUGGACAGAAGGACUUUGGCACUCGUCAGUGUGGUGAUUGUGGGGUUGUCUAUGAGAUUGCUAAUCAGGAAGAUGAGGCCUCUCACCUGAUGCACCAUAAUGCAAUUCACAGUAAACUUAAAUAUAAUGGCUGGAAGAAUGAAAACUUGGUACGAAGACUCGAUGAAUUAGGCGGACGUGUUGUGAUGGUUACUUCUAAGGAUCCUUCUCAUUUUUGGCGAAAAGUGGAAGAAGUUUUGACUGUCGUAGACAAUGAACUAGGUUUUCCUGAGGGAACUAACCUUGUCAGAGAAAAUUCUCGGGUUUUCAUGUAUAUUUUGGGUCGUCAGGUUGUUGGCUUCCUUGUAGGAGAGAGAAUAGAGAAAGCAAAUCGUGUGAUUCCACCAAAGUCAACAAUGGUGUCUACUACUAAUCGACUUUUGUGCUGCUCCGAGGAGCAAGUUACUGUAUGGGCAGGUGUCAGCCGUAUUUGGGUGCUUCAGGGUCACAGAGGAAAAGGUAUUGCUAGCAAACUCUGUGAAGCUAUGCUUUGCAACAUGUUUUCUCAUCACAUUCUUAGUAGGAAUGAAAUUGCAUUCUCUGAUCCAACUGAAAGUGGAACCAAGUUUGCAGAAAGAUUUACUGGCAAGAGAGACUUUUUAGUAUAUCGACGAUAAAUAGUAGAAAUUUGUGUGAAAACUUCCCACCCCAUUAUGUUCCCCUGAAAACUUCUAAAUCUUGUCCUCUGUGAGAGGCCCUAAUCCAUCUGUUUUUCCUUAUUAACAUGCACAGACUUACAGCUAUUAUCAAGCUAGCUUUAUUUUUUGGAUUCUUGUUAUUUUUGUAAUGAGUGCACAUCUGUGAUGUAUGGCAACAGUAAAUGAACAUGUAAUGUACAGUAAGAGUUCAUUCAUUAUUAAAGCAUAGUUUUCUAUUAUAGUGAAAAUGAAGGUUGAUAUAGCAGCUUAUUCAGUUUUUGUUUGAAAAUUUUUUUUGUUUAAAAUGCAAAGAAUUUAAUACACGUAAGUUCCAUUUACAAGGAAACCUUUUUUUUAGUGGAUUAGGUAAUUGGCCUUUAAUUUUUCUUAUGCAUAUUUGUGAAUUCUUUAGUCAACCUUAUGGAAAGAAUUUAUGUCAGUGGAUUUAGCUGUUUAUGCUUGUAAGUUGCAUGAUUUAUAAUUUAGCUUUUAAUUCAGAUGUUUAUUUUUUGUUUAGGUAUGAUUUAUAUCAAAGCUUUUUUAUUCAAUAAAAGUUUAUUUAGUAA